AUGGCUCGCUUCAGUAUGGUUCUAGUCGGGGCUGUUUGCCUGACCAUCUCUGUUUUUUCCCAUACAACUACCGCGCAACUAAGCCGCAAUUUCUACUCCAAAACUUGUUCCAACGUCGAACAAAUUGUGGAAAAUGUUGUCAACAAGAAAGUUAAGCAAACAUUUGUCACCAUCCCUGCCACUCUCCGUCUCUUCUUCCACGACUGCUUUGUCAAUGGUUGUGAUGCCUCAGUCAUGAUCCAGUCCACGCCUAAGAACAAGGCGGAGAAGGAUCAUUCCGACAAUGUUUCGUUGGCCGGAGAUGGAUUUGAUGUGGUGAUCCAAGCUAAAAAAGCCCUUGACGCUACCCCACAUUGCCGGAACAAAGUCUCAUGCGCCGAUAUUCUAACCUUGGCCACCCGAGAUGUUGUUGUUGCGGCCGGAGGACCAUCUUAUGAAGUCGAACUCGGUAGGUUCGAUGGAUUGGUAUCAACUGCAUCUAGCGUCAAAGGGAACUUACCGGGACCUUCAGACAAUGUAGACAAACUGAACACUCUUUUCAAGAAAAAUAAACUUACCCAAGAAGAUAUGAUUGCUCUUUCAACGGCUCACACAUUCGGAUUCGCACAUUGCGGCAAGGUGUUCAAUAGAAUCUACAACUUCAACCGUACCAUCUCUGUGGACCCUACCUUAAACAAAGCUUACGCUAAGGAGAUUCAAAUGGCUUGUCCUAAGAACGUGGACCCGAGAAUCGCAAUCCACAUGGACCCAGUGACGCCCAAAAAAUUCGAUAAUAUUUACUUUAAGAAUCUUCAACAAGGCAAAGGUCUCUUUACCUCCGAUCAAGUUCUCUUCACUGAUAGCCGCUCAAGGCCCACCGUUGAUGCUUGGGCCAGAAACUCUCAGGCCUUCAAUCGCGCUUUUGUGACCGCCAUGACCAAACUCGGUCGCAUUGGAGUUAAGAAUAGUCACAAUGGAAACAUCCGUCGCGACUGUGGUGCGUUUAACUACUACUAG